GCGGGGGCUCGCGAGCGGCGGCGGCGGCGGCGUUGAUAAGCAGCGCGCGGGCCGCGCGGCCGCAGCAGAGGCGCGGAGCGGUGCUGGGAAGGAGACGGGGGUGGGCAGAGCGGACCCCGCUCUUCUGCGAUAGGGAUUUCUGUUUGUAUUGGGUUCGUCUCCCACUUUUUUUUUUUUUUUUUUUUUUUUUUUUUUUUUUGUUUUCCCCCCUGUCUUGUAUUUUUUUUUAAAAACUUUUUAAUUUAUUUUUCAUUUGCGCUUUUCCAAACUCCCGUUUCGUUUGCAUUUUAGUCCCACUUUUAUUUGCGUUUUUUCUUUGCAUUUCACAUUCUUUUGGCGCCCGGCUCGCGCUUUCUGCAUCAUUAUUGCACAUUUUUUUAAAUCUCAUUUUCAUUUGCUUUCUACGCAUUUUCCUUUGCAUCUUACCCGCAUUUUUUUUUUUUCUUUUUUUUUUUUCUUGCACCUUACUCGCAUUUUUAUUUCCAUCUCGCAGGUACUUUUUUUUUUUUUUUCUUUUUAAGUAAUUAUUAAUUUUUCUUUUUCCAUUUUAAUUCAUCUCUCCGUUCCCGUUCCCCAACCGCUCCCGGCGCUGCCGCGCUCCCCAUCCCCGCCGCCGUGGCCCCUCGGCGAUGAACGGCGGUGCCCCGCCGCCGCCCCCCGCCGCCGCCUCACGCUGCCGCCGCCGCCCCGCCUCUCCGGAGCUGCUGCGCUGCAAACGCCGCUUGGCCUUCGCCUCCCUUUCGGGCAGCGGCACCGCGGCGGCGGCCGUGGCCCGGCGCAACGAGCGGGAGCGCAACCGCGUGCGGUUGGUCAACCUGGGCUUCGCCGCUCUGCGGCAGCACGUCCCCCACGGGACCGCCAGCAAGAAGCUGAGUAAGGUGGAGACGCUGCGCUCCGCCGUCGAGUACAUCCGAGCGCUGCAGCGGCUCCUCGACGAGCACGACGCCGCCGCCGCUUUCCCCGACGGCCGAGCGGGCCGCUCUGCGGGGCGGGGGGCUGUCGGGGAAAGCGGCGGCGGCAGCGGCUAUUCCUCCGCCUCGCCCUGUUCCUCCGAGGAGAGCGGCUACGAGCCGGUGCUCAGCCCCGAGGAGCAGGAACUGCUGGAUUUCACCAGCUGGCUUGGGAGCUACUGAGCUGGUGGGAGCCAUACCUUGAUGCCUAUGGUCUUCCGCAGCAGCCAGCAGUACCCUCCAAAAUAAAUCUCCCCCAGAAAUUCUCAAGUUCCUCCUGGCUGCUUUCCUUGCUGGGCUGAAGUGCAAUGGAGUCACGGCUCCGAUGUCUGCUCUGGGGCUGCUGAUGGACAAGGUUUUCACCCACUCCAGAGAAUGGCUGUGCAUCCCCUCGCAGCUACUUCCCAUCAGCCUUUGGAAAGGGUGGAAAAAAGAAAUGGAAACCACUUGAUGCUUCCUUUUUUCUGGAGGGGGAGGGAAUUUUUUUUAUAAUGUCAGAUUCUAUUUUAUAUGCAACUUGAACCGCCUAUGGGAAGAGUGGUGUAUGAAGACUUAUUUUUGUAUGAGAAACCUUGGGGAAAAGGGUUAAGGAGGUAGCUCUAUUUUCGGUCCAAUUCCCUUGUUCUUGAACACUGCCAGCUGGAAUGUUUGGGGAAUAUACACUGUUUAGAUGAAAGGGUUUGUUUGUUUUUCUUUCUCCAAACACUUUACUAAAGGACUGCAAAGUUUUGUUGCAUCUCACUGUGGUGUCUGACUCUGCCUGGUGUGAAGGUUCACUUCUCUGAAAACUGAAGUUGUUUUGUUGUUUUUUUUAAAUGUAUUGAAGGCAUUUUUGUAUGCACUUGCUAGGAUUUCUUAAGUCGUACAUAUGCAGUUUUUAAAAAGAGUAUCAUAUUUUAUGUAAAUUGACUUUAUAAAUAAAAUUCUAUUUAUAAAUGGA